AUGAGUAUCAUUUCUAAUUUUCUUUCUUUUCUCUUUGUAUUCAUUUUUAAUUUUCAAGAUGUACUUUCAGCUCCUACGAGACAGUUGUGUCAUCCCGAACAAAGGGAUGCACUUCUCGAGUUCAAGAACGAGUUCGAGAUUGGCGAACCUUCUUAUGGUUGUUAUAGUGAUGUCAAACCAAAGACGGAGUCAUGGGUGGUGAAUAACAGCGACUGUUGUUAUUGGGACGGUGUCAAGUGUGAUGCCAAAUCCGGGAAAGUGAUCGAGCUAGACCUUACAUGCAGCCGCCUCCAUGGCCGAUUUCAUUCUAACAGUAAGAUUUUCAUGGUUCAAAGCCUUCGUUCUCUUGACCUUUCAGUUAAUGAUCUCAGAGGUCAAAUUCCUUUUUCGAUUGGAAACCUUUCGCAGCUCACCUUUCUCAGCCUCAGUGGUAAUAACUUUGAUGGUGAAAUCCCAUCUUCGCUUGGAAAUGUUUCGUAUCUCACUGAUCUCAAACUCUAUAAUAACUAUUUGGAUGGUGAAAUCCCAUCUUCUUUUGGUAAUUUGAACAACUUGGCCACUCUAGAUGUUAGGUCCAAUAGGCUUAGUGGUAGUUUCCCUCUUGCACUACUAAAUCUCACAAAACUGUCAUUUUUAUCGCUCUCCCAUAAUCAGUUAACAGGCGCACUUCCUUCUUCCCUCCUCACCCUUCCUUCUUUGGAAUUUAUUCGUUUGGGAAGUAACAACCUCAACGGCACACUUGAAUUUGGGAAUAUAUCUUCAUCAUCUAAGCUAGGAGGCUUAUUCCUUGGCAAUAACAACUUCAGAGGGUCAAUUCCCAUAUCCAUUUCCAAGUUAGCCAACCUUGAGGGACUUGAUCUUUCUUAUUUAAACACCCAAGGCUCAGUUGACUUGAGCAUCUUUUCGCAUCUCAAGUCGCUCCAGUAUCUUGACACAUCCUAUUUGAACACAACCACUACGAUUGACUUGAAUGCAUUCUUAUCAGUUCUCAAGAGGCUCAGUCAUUUGGAUCUCUCAGGCAACCGUGUUUCAGCCACUAACAAGAACUCAUUUUCAAAUCCUCCAUCGCAGUUGAUAGAGCGAUUAUUCUUGUCAGGAUGCGGUAUCAUUGUGUUUCCGGAGUUUCUAAGAACUGUACUGCAAAUACAGGUUCUCGACAUUUCCAACAACAAAGUGAAAGGUCAAGUGCCUGGCUGGCUACAAGUUUUGGUCCUCCACUCUAACGAGUUUCAUGGGAUAUUACAGUAUCAUCCCAAGGUUGCUAUUUGGUUUCCUCAGUUGCGAAUCAUUGACAUAUCACAUAAUUUAUUCACUGGAACCUUACCAUCUGAUUUCUCCAUGUACUGGAGUGCGAUGUCCUCAGAGGGAGAUCGUUCAGAACUGAAGUACAUUGGAGAUAAUACAUAUUAUCGAGACUCGUUGGUUUUGAUGAAUAAAGGAGUAGAGCUGGCUUACACGAGGAUCCAUACACUCUUAGCUGCUAUUGAUAUUUCAGGAAAUAAACUCCGAGGAGAGAUCCCUAAAUCUAUUGGUCUACUUAAGAAUCUUAUUGUGCUCAAUCUAUCUAGCAAUGGUUUUAGUGGCAACAUCCAUUCAUAUUUGGCGAAUCUGACUAAGCUCGAGUCUCUAGACUUAUCGCAUAACAAGCUUUCAGGCCAAAUCCCACCUGCUCUCGGAGUCCUCACAAGUCUAUCUAAGAUUGUGGUUUCCCACAACCAGCUCAUUGGUCCGAUACCUCAAGGGACACAGUUUCAGACGCAAGAUGCUUCGUCUUUUGAAGAUAACCUUGGACUUUGUGGUCGUCCUCUUAGUAACAAGUGCAGAGACAAAGGCAGAGAGAAACCACAAGAAUCAGAGGAAGAAGAAGAAGAAGAAUUAUUUAGCUGGACUGCAGCUGCCAUAGCCUUAACACCUGGAGUCAUCAUCGGAUUCACAAUUGGGCACAUAGUGAUUACACAAAAGCCUCAUUUGCUCGUCAAGAUUUUUGGCGUUACGAGUGUAACCCUUGGGAUUGUUACUAAAUGGUGCGUUUAG